CUCUCAUUCCGCAGAGAGCGAAACAAACAUGGCGACAGGAUGGAGUGGGAAAGGGUGUACGCUAACGUUAAUGCUGUUCUUUUGGAGUAAAAUCUGCGCGAAUAGAGCGGAAUCCCUGGGGAGCGACAGCCGAAUCCUCGGCAUGCGGCUGGAGUGGAGCGACAAGCCGGCCACGACCACCGACAAUGGAAUCAUACAGGUAACCGAGGGGAGCAAAAUCAAGCUCAGGUUCUACGGACUGCAAAUCAGUAAUGACACCUGGGAGCAGAUUAAGUUCGUGGAGCAGGGCGAGGACAACAGCUCUGACUUCAACAGGACUUGUGCUGACUUCACCAAAGACCUCUCCAUCCAGCCUAAAAUGGAGGUUAGCAGCCAGGGCACAUCUGGGGUGCUGGAGGUCAGUAUUAAACCACUUAGGAAAAGUGAGUCCCAGAGGGAUUACGGGCUGUGCAUCAGACACAGCCAAGAUGGGAAGUGGUACCUCCUGGGAGAACAUGAUGGAAAGUUGCAUGUGGUGGAGGAGAAGAAGUCUCUGCUUCCCAUUUGGUUCCAGGUGAUCUUGAUUUCCUGCCUCCUGGUGCUCUCAGGUAUGUUCAGUGGUCUAAACCUGGGGCUCAUGGCUUUGGACCCCAUGGAACUGCGAAUCGUCCAGAGCUGUGGCACGGAGAAAGAGAAGAAGUACGCACGCAAGAUUGAACCCAUCCGGAAGAAAGGAAACUAUCUGCUGUGCUCGCUUCUCCUCGGGAACGUGCUGGUCAACACCACACUGACCAUCCUGCUCGAUGAUCUUAUCGGCUCUGGUUUGGGUGCUGUGGUGGCAUCAACCAUCGGCAUCGUCAUCUUCGGCGAGAUCGUUCCUCAGGCGCUCUGCUCUCGCCACGGCUUGGCGGUGGGCGCCAACACCAUCCAGCUCACCAAGUUCUUCAUGCUUCUGACCUUUCCGCUGUCGUUCCCCAUCAGCAAACUUCUAGAUUGCAUUCUGGGCCAGGAGAUCGGCACCGUGUACAACCGGGAGAAGCUGGUGGGGAUGUUGAAGGUGACUGCGCCAUACAACGACCUGGUGAAAGAGGAGAUGAACAUGAUCCAGGGUGCUCUGGAAUUGAGGACUAAGACAGUGGAGGACAUCAUGACUCCACUCAGCAACUGUUUUAUGAUCAACAGCGAUGCUGUGCUGGACUUCAACACUAUGUCAGAAAUCAUGGAGAGCGGAUACACGCGCAUUCCAGUUUAUGAGCACGAACAGACCAAUAUAGUGGACAUCCUCUUUGUGAAAGACCUGGCGUUUGUGGAUCCGGAUGACUGCACUACGUUGAAGACCAUCACUAAAUUCUACAACCAUCCGGUCCACUUUGUGUUUCACGACACUAAGUUGGAUUCCAUGCUGGAGGAGUUUAAGAAAGGUAAAUCACACUUGGCGAUUGUUCAGAAAGUUAAUAAUGAGGGAGAGGGAGAUCCGUUCUAUGAGGUGCUGGGAUUGGUCACUCUGGAAGAUGUCAUAGAGGAGAUCAUCAAAUCAGAAAUCCUGGACGAGUCUGACCUCUACACUGAUAACCGUACCAGAAAGAAAGUGGCACACAAUAAGAACAAGCGAGACUUCUCUGCCUUCAAAUAUGAGAGUGAGUCGAAAGUCAAGAUCUCUCCUCAGCUGCUGCUCGCCGCUCACCGCUUCCUUGCAACAGAGGUUAAUUUGUUCAGUCCGUCUCAGAUCUCAGAGAAAAUCCUUCUGCGUAUCCUUAAACACCCUGAUGUGAUCCAGGAGAUCAAAUUCAAUGAGAGUGAUAAGAGAUCGGCGCACCACUACCUUUACCUGCGCGGCAAACCCGUGGACUUCUUCAUCCUCAUACUGCAGGGCCGUGUGGAGGUGGAGGCUGGGAAUGAGAAUAUGAAGUUUGAGACCGGACCUUUCUCUUUCUAUGGAGUCAGGGCUCUCGGCGGUUCAACACUAGAAUUCCGCUCGCCGUCUCACAUUCGCGGGCUCAACCGAUCAGCGUCUCUGAGCGACACGGAUCGCCCUGAACCUCAGUCCGUCAGCGGCAGCAACACGCAGCUCAGCAGUGCUCCCUUGCCACAGUACACGCCAGACUUCAACGUCCGAGCUCUGGCGGACCUACAGUUUGUGAAGAUCACACGCUCUCAGUAUCAAAACGGUCUGAUAGCGUCUCGGCUGGACAGCUCGCCACAGUCUCCAGACAGCGGACACGGCCGUGUAGAUAACAGCAUAUCAUCCGCUCCCCAUCCGUCUUCAGAAAACAUCAUCUCGCUUGCAGACGCCACCGAUGAGACGACCUCGCUCCUCAACGAACAGAACAGCCAGCCUGCGCGCCAAGCCAACCACAGCACACAUAACGACAGUGCCAUUUGACACACUCACACACGAUUUACCCAUAUCCCACACUCCCAUUGGACAUUAAGCACUUUUCCCAGAACUUUUAAUCAGACCCCUUUUAGCAUCAACUAUUACAGCUCCCAGUAUAAAAGUGUGGGUGUAUGAAAAGCUACAGUUUCCUGAGACAUCCAAUGAAAACAUUGUGUAACACAUUGUGCAAGACGAAGACACAGAGAAGCCAAAGUGUAUCUGGACUGAGAAAGGCCCCUGUUUCAGACAGACACACUGGGGCGUUUUAUAGACUGCGUGAAUAGAGACAUUUAUAUAUACAAAGAUGUUUUUGUCAUUUUUCUAUUGAGGUUGAUCACAGACAUGUGAAGGAGGGAAACUGUGGAUGCCUUUUUAUUUUGUGUUAGUCCAUAGCUAAUUCAUAAUUGUACCAAAUUUUAUUUGUGUGUGUGUGUGUGUGUGAGUGAAGAUU